AUGGCUUGGAGGGGCUGUUUGAGGUUGGGGCUCCGGCUGCGGGGCGCUGCGCCGAGGCCCGCCUGGGGGCGCAGGGGGGUCGCCUCCUGCAUCGACCCUGCCAUGGGUCUGACGGAAGAACAGCAAGAGUUUCAAAAAGUGGCUUUUGACUUUGCUGCCAAGGAGAUGGCCCCACACAUGGCUGAGUGGGACGAACAGGAAAUAUUCCCAGUGGAAACACUCCGGAAAGCGGCUCAGCUGGGCUUUGGGGGCAUCUACGUGAAGCCAGAUGUGGGGGGCUCCGGACUCUCUCGACUUGACACCUCCAUCAUCUUUGAGGCUCUGUCGACCGGCUGCGUCAGCACCACGGCUUACCUCAGCAUCCACAACAUGUGUGCUUGGAUGAUCGACACCUUUGGGAACGAGGAACAGCGGCUGAAAUUCUGCCCUUCGCUUUGCAGCAUGGAAAAAUUAGCCUCCUAUUGCUUGACAGAGCCGGGAAGCGGAAGUGAUGCGGCUUCUUUGCUAACCUCGGCCAAGAAACGCGGCGACGUGUAUAUUCUCAACGGCUCCAAGGCUUUCAUCAGCGGUGGUGGCGAUGCUGACCUCUACGUGGUGAUGUGCCGCACGGGAGGGGCAGGUCCCAAGGGCAUCUCCUGCCUGGUGCUGGAGAAAGGAGCUCCCGGCUUGACGUUUGGCCAAAAGGAGAAGAAAGUGGGUUGGAAUUCACAACCGACGCGGGCAGUCAUCUUUGAAGACUGCGCUGUUCCGGUGUCCAACCGGCUAGGAGAGGAAGGCCAGGGGUUCAACAUUGCCAUGCAGGGCCUCAACGGAGGGAGAAUUAAUAUCGCGUCCUGUUCCUUGGGGGCUGCCCACGCUUCGGUUCUCCUGGCUCGAGAGCAUCUUAAUGUCCGCAAACAGUUUGGGGAGCUCUUGGCCACCAAUCAGUAUCUCCAGUUCCAGCUGGCUCAGAUGGCAACCCGGUUAGUGGCUGCCCGUCUGAUGGUGCGCAACGCCGCCCAAGCUCUGCAGAAACAGCGGCACGAUGCGGUAGCUUUGUGUUCCAUGGCCAAGCUCUUUGCCACCGAUGAGUGCUUUGCAAUCUGCAAUCAAGCUCUGCAGAUGCACGGCGGAUACGGCUACUUGAAGGAUUACGCUGUGCAACAGUUUAUGCGGGACAUCAGGGUCCACCAGAUUUUGGAAGGAACCAAUGAAAUCAUGAAGAUGAUCAUAGCCAGGACUCUGUUACAGGCGUGAGCGUCCCGAACUGGUCAUCGGCCUCAGCAUGAUAGCAGCUGCUUUGGGGACACCCGGCUGGGAAGAGGAGAAGGCGAUGUGUUUUUCUCAGCUGUCUCCCUGGCCUAAACCCCAGAUUUUGUGACGGGCACAGCCUGGCAGAGCCGGGGAAGCAUGACCAGGGGCAGGAUGGGUCUCAAUAGAGCCUUUUGUCCACAAAGUGCCAGUGCUGACCAUCUGCUUCUCAGCGGCCAGUUGAAAUUCUCCACGUGGGAGUUCUGCAUCAGCCUUCAUCCUGCAUCUCCUGGGAAGAAUCGGAUCCCUUCUGGAUUUAGCUUAAGCUGCAGAAUCUGCUUAUUUUCUUCUUAAAAACAUACUUCUCUGCAGAAAAGGGAGUUGUUUCCCAAAGGAGAUAAAAAAAAAAUCAUUUUUUUUCAGUCUUUAACUCGGAGAGAUAAUCUUGCCACGCUCUUGGUGAGUCGAUGGUAGGAACCUGAUUUUUCUACUUUUUUGCCUACUAGAUGGCCACGGAAAAGCCAACAAUGACGUGCUUCCCUAAAAGCCCCCAGCCCAAACGAACUUGUUUGUUUAUUCGCAUCCGAAGCAUCACAAUGAAAAUAAGGCGCACUACACCACCUGCAAUUUAAAAUGUAAAAUUACAAGAUUUUUUUUAAACUCUGUACAAGUUAAAACGAAUCUUGCCUAGAAUGAACUCAAAAAACCCCCACUGAUUAUUUCCUUACGAAUGUUGGAAUCAAUAAACGUCUCGUGAUUUCUG